AUCCAACCCGCCGUUUGACGCCCUUGUGAGAUAGAGCUCAUAUGAGGGAGAAAGGAAUCGUCACAAGCAGAGCAGCAAGCGGACAACCGACCAACCUAACGUUUCUUCAGAAACCAUUUGCGCGCGCGUGUUUUCAAUGACUACAUAGUCUACUCGGAAGGAAAGCUUGUUUAUUUGAUUCAAAUUUUCUCCCCGCCCCUUUCUGAAGGAAUCCGGGAGAUUACUACAUAAUGUCAGGCCGGAAAGAAACAGUUUUAGACCUGGCGAAGUUUGUGGACAAGGGCGUCCAAGUGAAGCUAACUGGUGGUAGACAAGUGACAGGAAUUCUGAAAGGAUAUGACCAGCUGUUAAACCUCGUACUGGAUGGAGCUACGGAAUUUCUAAGAGAUCCAGAUGAUCCACUGAAGACAACUGAUCAGACCCGGACUCUUGGCCUAAUAGUUUGUAGGGGGACUGCAGUGAUGCUUGUAUCCCCAACUGAUGGUACUGAAGAGAUUGCAAAUCCCUUUAUCCAGCCAGAUGGUGCAUAGGGCUCAUCUGACAAUCAUGCACUUAAUUUGCACCUAACUAAGCUAUAGGUAUGCUUUAUGUAGUCUUUUUUCCUGUUGGUUUUGGAUGUUACUUCGUUCACGAGGGAGCUAUGGAAGGCUUUGGAUUUGGUCUUUUGUGGAUACAACUCUACCACCUCUGAAAUGUAACUGUAGUAGUAUUCUAAUGUCACUAAAAGUACUGGUGUUGUCACUUC